CAAAUACAUAAACCACAUAAAAUCCUCACGAAAGAAGAGCCUUUUUUCUGCAAUUAUCCAGUUCAAUCAAUCCUAUUCUCAUCCAGAUUCAAUACUCAAUACAUAAUUGUUAAGUCAAAGCUACUUUACUACCACAAAACAACUCCAUCACUCGAUACGAAGAUUCCUCUCCCCGUACGCAUCGCAACGAACAAUCAAUUACAAUGUCUUCACCAAGCGUUCUCUCAAACAAAGACGUUAAUAUCUCGGCGAUGAAUCAACAUACUGUUGUUGUUGUUGAUGAGAAGAAAAUAACUAUGGUUGCUGAUCCUCAUAAUAUGGAGUAUCAUCGUCAGGUUUUGCAGAAUAAGAUGCAACAAAACGCGUAUGUUUGCUUCGAUUGUUUAUCUAUUUCCACCCACCGUCACUUAUACUACUUUUUGCUUCGCUGUUUAACAAUUGCUUCAUUUGAACUUUAUCCAAAGACAAGAAUGCAAUAUAUGAAUAUUCACUAAUUGUUUACUUCAAUCAUAGGGGACAAGAGGAAAAAUAUAUCUCCCCAUCUGAUACCAUCCAAUCCCCAACUACUGCCAAAUUGUCGGCUUAUCGCAACAAACAAGUCGGAAAGUGAGUGAAUUCUUUUUACCUCAUCGUACCCUUUACACCUUUACAACCUUCACACGGAUACUUUCUCAUUCAACAUCAUCGAACCUCAAAACCCGCCAAUAUGAAUGAAAGAAAUGCUAACAAUCUCUAUUCAGGAACACCAAACCCCGUUCCCUCUUUGCCAAAACCUCCGCCAAAAAAUUCUCAGCUGCAAACAACGGCCAGCUCUUCGGUAAAGAUAUUUCGAGCCCAAAAGAAACCACGGACGAAAACAUUGCCGGCGAUGCUAUGCAAGAAUAGAUCUACCAUUCUCUGAUCAUGAGAUGAGAUGAGUUUUUUGUCUUUUGCAUUGCUAGCAAUUCUUCAAUAAAGAGGCGUAUAAGUAUCACGCACUCUCGGUUUGUUUUUGGGUUUUGGUUUAGUUCUGGUUAUUUUCGGUCAGCGGGUCAAUGGACAAUGACACGCAUACUAUCAAGUGAAGGAUAUUGUGUCAGAUUGGUUUAUUAUUAGGCAGGGUUUUGGGAGGUGAAACAAGGAAAGGAAAGAAAGGGGUAUUUUAUGAUUGUAUUUCUUCUUCUUCACGUCCGCGAACGUUUGAGGUGUAGGGUGGUUUUUGGUACUAGUAUGAUGGACCUGGAUAUCACAUUGGGGGAUGGAUGAGCGUGGUCGCUUCUUGGCUAGAUUCUUAUGCACUGGCUGGUUGGGGUAGAUCAUGACUUAACUGUCGUCGUGCGUUUAGGUAUCACCAUGAGGCGUUUUUGGGUUAACUUUCUGUUCUUGAUUGGUUGUAUCCAUUCAGUAGGGUUGAGAUAUCAUAAUUCUUUGAUAAUCUAAUCAGGGUUAGAUGAGUUUAACUUUCAUGAAAAGUCUCUCUUUCUCAUACUUAUACGAACCUCAUGUUAUGCAAUCAUUGCACC